CGCGGUCCGGCAGAGUAAGCCUUGACCUGGCCCGACAAGGCAGAGCACGGCACGGCACGGCACGGCACGGCACGGCACGGCACGGCAACCCCUGUCAGAGAUGCAUCCCGUGGCGCUCCUCCUGCUCUGCCCGCUGGCUGUGGCUCUGUCAGCCCUGUCCUCUCCCGCGGGUGCAGGGCGCUUCUGGCACGUCACCGACCUCCACUGGGACCCCGACUACGAGGCGGCGGCGGUCACCGGGCAGCCGUGUCCCUCGGGCGGCUCCCGGUCCGGGCCCCCCGCCGGCCCCUGGGGCAGUUACCUCUGCGACGCGCCCUGGCGCCUCCUCGCCUCAGCCACCCGCGCCAUGAGGAGCCGCCUGCCCCGGCCGGACUUCAUUCUCUGGACCGGAGAUGAUACUCCUCAUGUCCCCAAUGAGAAGCUUGGAGAAGAAAAGGUUUUGCUCAUAAUAGAAAAUCUGACUUCUCUGAUAAAAGAGGCAUUUCCAGAUACUAAAGUCUAUGCAGCAAUGGGCAAUCAUGACUUCCACCCCAAGAAUCAGUUCCCAGGGAAGGAGCACAGGAUCUACAACCAAACAGCUGAACUCUGGCGGCCCUGGCUGGAUGAGGCUUCCAUUCCUCUGUUCAGAGCAGGAGCUUUCUACAGUGAGAAGCUGCCCAGCACAAGUACAAGGGGGCGAGUGGUUGUCCUCAACACCAAUUUGUACUAUGACCAGAAUGAUGAGACAGCUGGUGAGGAAGAUCCUGGAGGGCAGUUCCAGUGGCUGGAAGAAACACUGAGCAAUGCCUCUAGAGCAGAUGAAAUGGUCUACAUUGUGGGUCACAUCCCUCCUGGCUUCUUUGAGAAGAAACGAGGCAAGGCCUGGUUCCGGAGGGACUUCAAUGAACAAUACCUGAAAAUUGUGCAGAAGCACCACAGAGUGAUUGCUGCCCAGUUCUUUGGGCACCAUCACACAGACAGCUUUCGAAUGUUUUACAGUGACACAGGUUCUCCAGUCAGUGUCAUGUUCUUGGCCCCUGGAGUGACUCCCUGGAAAACAACAUUACCUGGAGUGAACAAUGGAGCCAACAACCCUGGGAUUCGGGUGUUCCACUAUGAUCCAGACACCCUUCAGGUGUUGGAUAUGGUGACUUACUACUUGAACCUAACUCAUGCCAACAUGAUGGCCUCAACAGAGGAGGAAGAGUUCCCAGUGUGGGAGGAAGAGUACAGGCUGACAGAAGCCUUCCAAGUCCCCAGUGGCUCUGCUGGCUCCAUGCAGACAGUGCUGGAGAGGAUAUCAAAGGAUCCACACUACCUGCAGCAGUACUAUGAGUUUAACUCUGUCAGAUAUGACCUCAGCCCCUGCCAGGGGGCCUGUCGCCUUGAUCACCUCUGUGCCAUUAGGGAAGUUGAUUUUACAAAAUACAGAGAAUGUGUAAACCCCAGCAGCACUGCCUCUGCCAUCACCAGCGUUAGGCUUUUGUUUUUCUGUUUGCUCUUUGGACUUUUCAGUCCCCAACAAGUGCUGUAAUGACUGAGAGCAAGAGAGAGAGCACAAGUUCAUGACUCGCAUCAGUUCUGAAUGUUUUUGGCACUGAGAACUUACUUGGAAACCAAGACCAAUUCAGUGGCUUUUACUAAAAAUUGGUGACAUUGAUUUGAAAUGUAGAAAAGUUUGAUGUAUGGGGAGAGGGCAGUGAUUGCUGCAGAGGUGUUUUUCUUUCCAGACUGACUUGUAUCACCCUGCCACUGUCACAGCUGGGUUCCUCAUGUUGGCACACACUUCUCUUCUGGAAAGGCCACACAACCAGGUCUUGGUGGACUUGCACAGCACCAGCCUUGUCUUUGGCUUACAAGCAGACACAGGUGGGCUUAGUUCUUUGAAAACAUGAACUUCAACAAUUUUGGGCCAUGGCUUGCAUGUGUCAGUGCCCAAGAGGAG